UCCAGCAGAACCAGGGACCCUUGGGCUUCCUGGUCCUACCCUGGCCCAAAACAGGAGCCCUAGUCUGGACUGAACCACUGCUGCGCUGGGGGACUGCUCUGGGGGUCACCGUCAUCUGUGUGUGUGUUCUGAGGAGGUGGAUUGCAGGGGGCAGGUGUAGAUGCCCCGUGAGACUCAACAGUAAAACGGCUGUGGUGACAGGAGCAAACACCGGCAUUGGCAAAGAGACGUGCCGCGACUUCGCUCAGAGAGGGGCACGUGUUAUCAUGGCAUGCCGAGACCUGGUGCGUGGAGAGGCAGCAGCGGAGGAGAUCCGGCGCUCCACAGGAAACGGGAAUGUGGUGGUGAGACAUCUGGACCUGGCCUCACUGUUCUCCAUCAGAACGUUCUGCUCCGAGGUUCUACAAACGGAGGAGAGAGUCGACGUGCUGGUUAAUAAUGCAGGAGUCAUGAUGUGUCCUAAGUGGCUGACAGAGGAUGGCUUUGAGAUGCAGUUGGCUGUCAAUCAUCUGGGCCACUUCCUCUUGACCAAUCUGCUUCUACCAAAGCUCAAAAGCUCCGCCCCCAGCCGCAUCAUCACCGUGUCCUCCAUCGCCCAUAAAGGAGGGGUGGUGGACGUGGAGGAUCUGUUCUUCAGUCGCAGGAGCUACACUCCGCUGCAGAGCUACAGACAGAGCAAACUCGCCAAUAUCCUGUUCACUCGCCAUCUGGCCAAGAGACUGACAGGCUCGGGGGUGUCCUGCUUCUGCCUACACCCUGGGGUGAUCCGUACAGAGCUGGGGCGACACGUACACUCAUCCUUUCCUCUGCUGGGGGCACUGCUGAGCCUGCCUGCGCUGUUGUUAAUGAAGACACCACAUGAAGGUAGUCAAACCUCUGUCUACUGUGCCGUGACUCCUGGACUAGAGAGCAAGUCUGGGGCCUAUUUCAGUGACUGUGCGGAGAAGAAUCCUGCUCCAGAAGCAAAAGACGAUGAAACGGCUUUGAAACUGUGGAAUGAGAGCUGCAAACUGGUGGGACUAAGCCGAGACUAA